GCACACAGACAUGCACUAGAGGUGGGAGUGGAUGCUCGUGUAGCUGCUGGAAGCCAGGAUGGGAUAAUCAUGCGUGUCUGGCUCCGGGCGUUGAUGCAGCUGCUGUUGCUGGAUCCGGACUGGACUCGGGGCGCAGGGUGGGUCUAGUUCCCGACUGGAGCUAUCUGGACCUCAUGUCGAUGUUAUCAAGCAUUCCGAGAAAGACGAGGGCGAUGGCCGCGAGAGGAGUUGGUGCAGCUCUUUGAAACGUCCAGGCGACAGAAAUCGACCGUUUCCGCCGAUGGAGGACAGAAUUGGCCGGUAUUAAAGCGCAGGGUUUGGAAUAACUUGGAAAAGGGGGGAGAGAGGAUACCGAGGCACCCCUUAGAGGAUAUCGAGGGAGCCCGGCUUCUUUUCUUUAUGUUCUUUUUUAAGUGGGAUAGAGAUAGAAACGCACCUGGAAGAACGGCUCACUUUUGCAUCGGUAAUUAGGAGAGGACUGCCUCUCGUUGGAGCGAGCGGCAGCCGCAUCCGACCGACCGGGGGGGAUAGCCUACUUGGAUGGAGAGGGCGCAGUGAGGGCUGAGAGAGCGGCUUGCCGUGUGUAGGAGGAGGACGGAGGGAGACCGGGCACUUUGAAGGGGACGGGGAGCCAGGAGAGGCGCGGCGGCUCCAUGAGCGGCUCCUGCCGGGACAGAGCGCCCAGAGCCGAGCCGGAGCGUCUCCACCGCCGCGGGUAGAACCCCGGGCUACAGGACGGCGGCCAGUUUGGAAGUUUUGAUGCAUAUGAUCACAACCACCAUGAUUUUUAUGAUUCUUGGUGCUUCAGUUGUAAUGGCGAUAGCCUGUUUAAUGGACAUGAACGCACUACUGGAUCGCUUUCACAACUACAUCUUACCGCAUCUACGAGGGGAGGACCGCGUCUGUCACUGCAACUGUGGAAGGCAUCAUGUCCACUAUGUAAUCCCAUAUGAUGGGGACCAUUCCUUGGUGGACUCAUCAGAGAACUACUUUGUGAGUGACAGUGUGACCAAGCAGGAGAUGGACUUGAUGUUGGGGCUGCUGCUGGGCUUCUGCAUCAGCUGGCUGCUGCUGUGGCUGGACGGAGUCCUACACUGUGCCGUCAGGGCCUGGAGGGCGAGCCGCUACUAUGACACCCCGUCCUGGUCAUGGCUGCCCCAGUUCUGCAAUCUUCGAGACCUCCGUCGCCGAGCCCAGCUCAGACAGCUGGAAGACUCCAGCGGCAACAUGGUCCACAUCAAGCAGAAGCUCUACCACAAUGGUCACCCUAGUCCCCGCCACCUCUGACUCUAAAAAACAAAAUAAUAACAAAAAAAACCUAGACCCCUCCCCUUAAAACCCCUUCUCCCUUCCUCUCCAAAAGCCCUCAUCCCCCUUCCCAAACUGCCCCUUGGCCAACUGUUGCCUCAGAGACCCUGGAAAACUGCCCUCCCACUGUUCAUAACAUGGCCCCCUUAAUACCCCAUGACAGGACUUUCUUAUGACUAAACCCGGCCCCUGUCAGCACUAAAAAAAUCCCAAAAUGGAGCAAGAUGAUGAUUAUUUGUUGCCACUGAAAUCUUGUCUUAUGUCCAUGUCCACCAUUGUGGGAGGAGGAAGAAAAAAAAACAUUUUUAAGGGUGUUUUUUCUGUAUAGAGACAUUUUCUGUGUUCAUUGUUAAACUUGGCAUGCUCUUUUAGAACAGGGUAAGAUGUGGGCAGCGUAUGGAACGGGCGGCAAGACGGGUGUCAGGAUUUUUUUUUUUUUCUCUAACGGGUGGGAGUGGGACUUUGUUGGCGUUGGUUGGGGUGAAUGAGACUGGUGGGUGGGUGGGUUUUUGUGAUGGUUAGAUUGCUGCUUCUGUAAAUAGUUAUAAAUACGGGCAAGUGGGAUUUAACAGUCUUUAAAAAGGGGGUGCGUGGGGGGAUUUUUGUGUGAGUCGUUUAUCAAUAGAAAACCUAAUGAUGGACUGUGUGGUUAAAGAUUAUAGGAAUGGAACAGGAAGAUGAGUCUGUUUGAAAACUGGAUGUGAAACCAUGUGAUUUCUGCUAAAACACAGAUUAAUUAGCUUUGUUACUUAGUGAAUUAACUGAAUGUAUUAAUUUUUCCUGUAAAUAUGUGAGGGGGAGGGGAGCGUGUACGGUUGUGGUCGGGGUUCUCUUUGCUAUAUUAUCAUUCUUUAGUAGACACGGGAGGAGAAAUAAAUGCCAGCCAAGAUGAGUUCAACACAUACACACACACAUACAGACACACACACCCCUCCAUCUUCCCCACACUGUGCUCAACAGCACAGUUCAAUUUUCUUUAUCCAAUUCCCUCUCACUUAUCAGGAGCAACCAGCCUAUCAGCAGAGGGAACCCUCACCCAGCCCCCCCUCGUCCUCUCUGUCCAGACAUUGCUGUUGUGAGGAUGAAAUGUCUGUUUUAUUAAAAGUGCCAUUGAAGCACAACAGUGACCUCUGAUGUUUGAUUGUGUCACUCCAAUCAUAUGAGCGAAGAUGAGAACACAUUCUCAUAGCGAGAGGUUAUUUCAGCGCAGCAACAACAGACAGAUUAUACAGAGAGGUCCUGCUGACAACUUCAGUUGGGUUUGUUAUAAUUCUAAUAGAAAUUUCAUAAGCACUGACUAACAACACUUGUGAAAUGACUAACAAUGCCAAUGACAUGCUGAUGCAACUGAGAAAAGCCCUCCACUAUUGUCCACCGGCACAAUACGACACGUUCCAGUGACAGUGAGGGCAUUUAAAAGAAUAUUUUCACCUUGGUUGGGUAUUCUUUAGCAUGCAUACCUCUUCAAUCUGACUGGAUUGUCCCAAAUAGUACCUG